AAUACCGUCUGACAUGGACUCAAAUGACUUGUUUCUUCGUUUGUUAAGUAUCAGCUUCGUAAUUUUCCACGUAAGAGCUAAGCAUGGUUGCAAAGAGUUUGACUACCUCCCCUGCAUCAAAAAUAAAASCCUGACAGGUCACGUGAUCAAGUCCUUCAGAGUCUUAGUUCCAGGAUUAAAGAUGUGCCAAAGGAAAUGUUUCACUGAAGGCCAGUGCGUGUCGUACAACUUGGGCCCAGUAGACGGUCAGAUCAGGACGUGUGAGUUGAGUGCUGCUGAUCACUGGAUGCGACCCGCCAAGUUCUUGGUCUCCAAAGAAGGCUUUGAGUACUGUCCGAUAAAGAAUCCUUGUUCGUCAAAUCCUUGUCCUGCAGAUAGACUCUGUACACCUGAUUUCAGUUGGGAUACGUUCAGMUGUGAUGACGGCGGCUGGACACAGUGGGGCUCCUGGAGUAAAUGUUGUAUAAACAAACAACAGAAAAGAACUAGAAGUUGUUCAAACCCCGCUCCUCAAAAUCACGGCUCGCAGUGUGUUGGAGAAGCACAAGACACAAAGGAGUGCACGUUCAAAAUUGACUUCAAGUACAUUGGCUGCUUUGAGGACAAUUAUAAUCCGCGUGCMUUACCUGUAAGAUUGCACCCGGCAGUCAGACCAUACAAAAUUUGUAGUUGUGGACUUCUGGUUAAURCCAAAGGCUAUAAGAUGUUCGCWCUCCAAUWUAACGGCWAUGAAUGUUGGAGUGGSCCAUAUGCACGUAAAACCUACAAUAGGUAUGGAAAUGCAAGCAAUUGCCUCCCAAAUGGGCUUGGAGGAUUGAUGUCCAAUGAUGUGUAUGAGAUUAUAGAAGCUCCAUGAAAAUUGAGCCCAACGAAAGAACGAAGAAGCGCAUGUUCACCGUGUCACAUACUUGUUGAACACCUSAAAAAUUGUUGACAAAUUUCUACAAAGAAAUACUGAUUCUAUUGUAUCUCAGCACGUUCUCAAUUGUAUUGUAUCGUUACUCUAUUGCUAUUUAUAUAGAACUUAUGAUCUUAAUUUUUGUCAGUGCAGUUCAAGUACAUAUAAGUAUAUCAGAAAUUAUGGCAUAUCAUCGCCAAUAUUUUUUUCAGAAAGUACUAUUGCUAGGCAACUUCAAAAAAAAUAAAAUAAAAAUAUUGGCGAUGAUGAUUUCCAGUUAUUUUUCCUGCAAGAGGUCCAUAACUAAUUACACUCAAAACAAGAUUGUUAGUGCUUAUUAAAUUAUUGUUUCCUACUCGGAUUUUUAUUCUUGUUGCAUGUCUUCUAAGCGAUCGUUCGCUUUCACAGCAUAUUUUGUAGAAUGAGCAUGUUACUGAAAUAAAAUUUUAAGUUAAAAAAAAAUAUUGCAUGUAAAGUGUUACAAAUCAUAGCAGUGGAAGAAUUUC